AAUAAUAUUUGAUAAUUAAGAGAAGACAGAAAGGGGCGUGCUGGUAGAGUAAGCUGAUUCGGGAAGAGAGUUGCACGGAUACAUAGGACUGGCUCUGAGUCUGUCUUUAUCUCACUCAUUGAGUUAAGACUAUAGUCAUGAAGUUUUUGUGUUAUGUAGAAAGCCAAAGUUGCUAACUUUUCUUCAUAUUCUGUUUCGGAGUCUCCAACGCCAAGAAGCACUUUGUGCAGAGGAUUUGCGGCCAAAGCUUGGUGAAAGAACUUGACUUAGACAUUUGGCAUGUUUAGGUUCUAGACUUUCUCAUAGAUGUCUUGCUUGUUUCAAUCCAUAAAAAUGGCUAGUGAUGAUGUCUUCAAUUUUAAUAUUUAUGAUCAUGGAACUGUGGUGGAUCGGAAAAAGUAUAGAGUACAAUGCAAUUAUUGUGGAAAGGAAUUGAAAUCUUCUCGUCUCAAGUAUCAUUUAGGAGGUAUUCGCGGAAAUGUGGUACCUUGUGAAAAGGCUCCCGAAAAUGUCAAGGAACCACUGAGAAACAACUUGCUAGACAUAAAAAGAGGAAGUCCGAGUGUGCAAAUCGGAGAAAUUAAGAACUUGGACUCUCCAGGAAAAAGGGAUCGAUCCUCCAAAUGUAACAGUGUUAAACGUUUUAAAUGUGAAGCCUCUCAACAUCCCAGCUGUGAGAGUGAAAGCUAUACAGAGACGGAAUCUGAAUUAGAAGAAAGUGGGACACAAAAUGUUUCAAUUCUCAGCAAAAGAAUAGGUUCACAAACCAGCAUUAAUGCUGAGAAGAAAAAGGAUUCAUUAUCAUUGCAAACUCAAAGAUGUAUUGGUAGAUUUUUCUAUGAAAUGGGAAUUGAAUUCAGUGUUGCCAAUUCUCCAAGCUUUCGAAACAUGAUAAAUGCUACUUUUUAUCAUGUUCAGGCAAAAUGUGAGAUUCCCAGUUGUCAGGAUCUGAAAGGGUGGAUUCUUCAUGAAGAAGUGAAGGAAAUGCAAGAAUAUGUGAAGAGGAUAAGACAGUCAUGGGCAAGCACUGGAUGUAGCAUCUUGUUAGAUGGAUGGAUUGAUGAAAGUGGUCAAAACUUGGUUAGUUUUAUUGUGGACUGUCCCCAGGGACCAAUUUAUCUCAGAUCAGCUGAUGUUUCGGCCAUCAUUGGUGAUGUUGAUGCCUUGCAGUUGCUUCUAGAUGGAGUCAUUGAAGAGGUUGGAGUAACUAAUGUAGUUCAAAUUAUUGCAUGUUCUACAUCAGGCUGGAUGGGGGAUUUAGGCAAGCAGUUUAUGAAAAGGCAGAGGACUGUGUUUUGGACUGUAAGUGCAUCCCACUGUAUUGAGCUGAUGCUUGAGAAGAUUGGUAUGUUGGAUUCUGUUCAGAGGGUAUUAGAUAAGACAAAAACCAUUACAAGGUUCAUUCAUGGCCACACAUCUGUAAUGAAAAUCUUGAGAUAUUUUACUGGUGACUGCAACCUUAUUAUGCCUUCCAAUGUGAGAUCAGCAAUGCCUUUUAUGACCAUAGAGAAUAUUGUCUCCAAAAAGAAUAACCUGACAGCCAUGUUUGUCUCAUCUGAGUGGAACAACUCAGACUGGGCUACUACAACAGAGGGAACAAGGGUUGCUGAUUUAGUAAAGGAUCAUUCUUUCUGGACUGGAGCCAGGAUGGUUCUGAAGACAACCAUACCACUUGUACGUGCUCUGUGUUUGAUCAGGGGGACAGACAAACCUCAAGUGGGAUAUAUAUAUGAAACCAUGGAUCAAGCAAAGGAGACGAUUAAAGAGGGAGUUAGUAACAAGAAAUCUGAAUAUAUGCCUGUUUGGGAAAUUAUUGAUGAGAUUUGGGACAAACACCUCCAUAGCCCCCUCCAUGCAGCUGGUUAUUACUUAAACCCAAGUUUAUUUUAUUCAAGUGAUUUCUAUAGUGAUCCCGAGGUUUCCUUUGGUCUGUUAUGUUGUAUUGUUAGGAUGGUGCAAGAUCAGUCCACUCAAGAUUCGAUAUCUCUUCAAUUGGAUGAGUAUAGACGUGCUAAGGGUUCUUUUAGUCAGGGGGGUACCAUUGACCAAAUAAACAAAUUUUCUCCAGCUGAGUGGUGGUCUGAAUUUGGAGAGGAAUAUCCUGAGUUGCAGAAAUUCGCCACUAGAAUUCUGAGUCAAACAUGUGAUGGUGCUUCAAGAUAUGGGUUGAAGAGGAGUUUAUCUGAGAAGCUGCUUAAAAAGGGAAUGAAUCGUAUUGAAAAGCACCGAUUGAGUGAUCUGACAUUUGUUCACUAUAACUUGCAACUGAAGAAUUUCAAGCUACUCCUGAAAGGUGACAUGGUGGCGGAUGAGAUUGAUCCUAUGGACGAUUGGAUUGUAGAUGAAUCACUAGAAACCGAAUCUGAAAAUGGUGACAGUGCUUGGAUGGAGUUAAACUACACUAGACCUGAGGGGGUGCCUAACGUGGAAGGAACUUCACUACGUCAAGCAAAGGAGGAGCCCAACAUAGAUAUAACAAAUAGCAUCAGUACUAGAAUUAGUUGAUGGGAUAGUGGCAUCUGUAAUCCUUCAAUGCCUUUUGGAAGGUGAUGUGUAUUGGGUUUUGAAGUCUGUAUAUUUUUUGUUAUCUGGUGACAAACAAUAUUUGUGAUCAAUAAAAUUAUAUGUUCAAAUAA